CAUCAUGCAUGGACGCGCGGCAGAUCCAGCGCAUGAAUCGGCAGGCUGAGGUGCUCUUCGGCAAAGAUCAUGUCCUGGAGCCCAACUUUGCUGCUCCUAUGCCAUACCCUGAUCAAUACAGGGCCCCGGAAGAGGAGGAGCUCCUUGGUGUUGAGUAUGCCAUGUGCCAGUCAACAAGCUACUCUGCGAGGCAUUACUAUGCUCAGAGAGUUGAGGAAGAGCAGGCUUGUGACGAGGAGGAACCGGCUGAGCAAAGCGAGGAGGAGAUGGCAGAUGAGGGUAUUGACAUGCCUGCAGAGGAUGAUCCCAUUGAUGUCAUCUGUAGGAAACAUGCUAUCCCAACACAAGCAGAACAGGUGGAGGAGGAGGAUAGCCCUGCUCUGCAGGAUGUGCUGAUGACCCGGAGACAUCUGCAUCUGCCAGGAAUAGAGGAAGUGGAGGCGUUAGCCUUGCUGAUGCUUGAACUGGCAGACAACAGUCACCUCCACCUUGUGCCAGCCGACCUCAGGCAGAAGAUCAUCACUGCUGCCAGUUCUCUUCAGGAGCAUGACAAGACUGCUGUCAACUUUGUGAAGAGGUACGAGUCCAGGUGGGGCUACACCCUGUUUGGCCGGUGUCUUGGGGCUGACACACCCGAGACCAGAGCAGCCCAGAAGACAAAGUUUGGGUGGAUGAGGUACCCCCAGGCAGCACAGGUGACAGAGGAUAGUCGUCUGCUGUACCUCGUUAUCAAAAUGCUGAAAAAUCAGCCUCCAACCAGUCACCUCUCUUCCCCUAGUAAAAUAACAACAUCCAUAAAGGGACAGUACAAAAGGAUUGUUGACAGAGUUAGAGACGACCCCAUCCUCUGCACUCUCUCCAUUCCUCUGCCCAAUCUAAAUGCCAAAUCCAUCUCUAAUUUCAUCUCGAGAGAAGAGAAGAAGGCCAACUACAGGGCUACAGUAACACCGACGUCAAAGCCUCACCGUACAGUGCUCUCACACGAGCAAAUGCCAGCAGCUCCAACUCUGCCAACAUCCCUACCACCACCAGCUCGACCUCAGGUGCAGUACCAGGACGUUCAUCACGUUGCUGGUAAAAGGCGUGGUGAGAAGCGGAGGUUAUAUGGUGAAGAACCGGAGCUGGUGAACCGGCCCAUUCAGCCUAAGCCUGCUGCGGCCACGCACAUAGCGCCCAGAUUGUCGGCAGCACCUGUGCUCCUGGUGGUUCCUGCACAACCACAGGCUCCCUCCAUGGGCAAGCAGUAA